AUUAACAUAUGAAGGCAACACGAUCUGACCAAUUUUUACGGUUAACUGAACGAGACAUAACUUUCUUUGUGCCAGUUUUCUAACUCUCCAAAAAGAAAACGCCACAAUUCUAACCUGGAAAUGUUUACCUUUUGAGUUUUUGUAUAUCUAGGAAAAUUAAUAAUUAUAAUAAUAUUUAAUUUAAACCUGUUAUUCUUCGAAAGGGUCAAGAUGUUUACUUUCUUAUAUAUUGUCUUUUCUGUUGUUAUAUUCAACAAAGCACAAGCCGAUUGUGGAGGGAAGGCAGAUAUCAUAUUUGCUAUUCCUGGAAACGCAGACAUUCCGGGGGAAGAAUUCUUUCCGUUUGAAAGAUUUUUAACCAUGCUUACAGAUUAUUUUCAAAUCGACAGAGAUAAUGUAAAUGUAGGUCUGAUAUUAUACGGUAGAGAAUCUGUAGCAAUUAGUUGGCCACAACCAAUGAAGGAUCAAACUCAAACCAAUACCAGAAUAAGCCUUCUUGCGCAAAGAGAAUUAUACAAUGGAAAACUAAAAGGAGCAGCAGAUGUCAAAGCGGCACUUUAUCUAAUGCGCCAAAUGUUCAGAAAUCCAUCCGGUUAUCCUCUGGUAUUACCUAGACCGGGGACCAAACAGAUUGGAGUAAUGUUCACCUAUGGCUCAGUUCAGGCAGAUAUGAUUCAAGAUGUCAUGGCAGCUACAAAACAGUUUAAAGAAGCUGGAAUCGACAUGUAUUCAGUAGGACGAAUGCCAAAUGGUGAAUGGUUUUCAGAAAUAGCAUCUCAUAAAUGCAAUGUUUUCUCAAUGGAAAGUUAUUCUGAGGGUUUGAGGGGUCUACUACCUUAUAUAGGGAGCAGCAUAUGUACAGCAAUAGAAGAUGUUGUUAAUGUUACAGCUGAUAAUUGUUUCCCCAAAUUCUGGAAGCCAAGUCCAAACCCACCAGUUAUUUGUCCCUCCUUGAAUGCAAUAUUUCAGGAUCCUUAUAAUUGUGCCUACUUAUUCAAAUGUGACUUGAAUAUUCCUGCACGUGAAAGAUGCCCAACAGGGAUGCUCUUUGAUAACUCAAUUAAAGCAUGCAAUCAUAAAGAUGCAGUGCCAUGUUACUCGAUGAUCACGUGUCCAAGUCACAUGGGUCUGUUUCCGCAUCCAGAAACAUGCAAAAAGUUCUUGAAUUGUUUCGACAAUAUUCCAUAUGUACAAAAAUGUCCACGUGACCUGUAUUUUAAAAAUGCUACCAAAAUCUGCGAGGAAGAGCACAAAGUUAAUUGCAUAUUUCACUGAGAAGUAGAACAAGUCCGCUAAAGGAUCUUUGAAAGAAUAAUGUAUAACAAGCUACAUGUAAGAUAUUGAAAUCCGGAAUGUAGGAAGUUUCAAAUUUGCCCUGAACACCAAAACUGUGUUAAUUCUGUGACUGUUGGUAAAUACCAGAGAAACUUCAGAAAAAUUUGUAUGAGGAGAACAUAUGAUGAGAUGAGAUCAUCCUAGUGCUUAAUAAAUUGUAAUACAACAAUUGUUAAUUAUAUGCAAAAUUAUGCAAAAAUGUCUGGAAUAUAUAAAUGAUAUGUA